AUGUACAGGGCAGUAGUUUUUCCUCCUUUUAAGUUGCUUUGCCGGAGAAACAUGAACGCCCGCUAACUGGCAGCUGCGGACGACUGGCCACCCUGCCCUAUUUUACCCAGCGGACUCAACAGAGAAACACACCGGGGUACUAUACAUGAGCUCUGAGUCUCUGGAAUAAGGUGGGCAAGUGCCGAAGUCGCGCAACGAAGACGAGACAGGAUGAUAGUGAGAGGGCCUGGCAGAGAAAGAAAAUAGAGAGAAAGGAAAGGAGGAGGAAAUAACGAGGCAGAGCAGGAGAGGAACGCCAAGGAGAAUUUCUGGAAUAAACAAAUAAAAGGAACCGUUUGGAGAAAAAGCAACUAGAUGAAAAGAUGAAGCCGAUAAAAAAGCAGGGCCGGCGCUCCCCUCCCUCCACCCGGGCAAAAGGAGGGAAGCGGCGAGGAGCGGGGGAUGCCCCAGAAGGAGGAGAGAAGAGAGAUUCAGACGAGAACAGAGACAGAAGCAGAUCCCCGCAACACCGAACUCCCUCAUCUUCGUUUUCUUCUAACUCACAUUCAGAGUCAUCUCAGGUGGACGCAGCCAGAGCGCGGGACUCUUCAGACGGGGAGGGGCUGUCAGAAGCGACAGUGAUGGGGAAGCUGUCAUCAUCCUCCGAUGACAGAUCAGGGAGGUCUGCUGCGAGCAGCGGUGGCGGCAGCAGCCACUGUGACAGCAGCGGUAGCAGUUGUAGUAACAGUAGUACACCAAGCGCCAACAACAGCCCAAAUCCCGCCUCCAGCCGCAAAACAGCCACCUUCAAGGCCCGCGUCCCCAAAAAGAAGUACACCUCCGAACACUGCUCGUCUAAUACUGCUGGAAACCAUAGCAACCCUGCAUCGAGCACGCCCCCUCCUUUUCCUCUGAGCGGCGGAGUCCUCAGCCAGGAGUCAACGGGUCCAGGAUUCGACAUCAGCAUCUCCCACUCUGAAGGAAACGGUCAGAGCAGGAGCCUGAUGGAUGACUUCCGCAGUCAGACCACCAGUGGAGAGCGAUCUCAGGACUCCCCGGGACCUCCAACCCUUUCACUAGGAGCGGAAAAGCCCGGAGGAGGUCAUGGGGUGGCAGAUGCAGAGCAGGUGUCCCCAAGCCCACUGCCCCGCUGUUCCUCAACAGACACAGCCAGUGAGCAUUCGGCUGACCUGGAGGUAGUCGGUGACACACGCCCUCAAAUGUCCGCGCACACAGUGUCCAGUCUCCCCGAUGCACUGUCCGAUGCUCUGGCCAAAGGGCUGAAGAAUCAGCGCAUCCUCGCACGCCAGCUCAGGAGAAGAAGUGAUGAGGAGGGAGGAGGUGACAGGAGGCACGACUUGGUGUUCCGGGCUGGUGUGGUCCGUAAGGUCAGUGGUGAAUGUGGAAGCCUGGAGGUGCAGCUCAAUGGGGAGAAGAUGCUGUGCCGCUAUCCAUACAGACACGAUAGCCCCCCAGGGGUGGUGGACAUUAUCUUAGAUGCCCCGCCACCUGGUGUGCAUCCAGUACCCAUAGGCACCCGUGUCUGUGUGCCAUUUGGCAACGAGGAGGGCAGCGAGGGCCAGUGGCAGUGGUACCGAGAAGGUGUGGUGACACAGGUAGACCCACACCCUGCAGUGGCUAACCGCUACCGGGUCCUGCUCUCUGAAGAGAGGCCUCACUCUCUGGAUGAUGACGAAGAAGGCAGAGGUGCUACCCAGGCAGUGUGGGUCUCCCGACAAACUCUCCGGCUUCUGGUGCCGCCCUGGGACCUGGAUUUACCUUCUGCUGGGGGGCAUGAAGGAGAAGAGGGGGUGAGAGACCAGGAGAGAGAGCGGGAGGAGAGGGAAGACAUGGAUGUGGAGGUGAGCCAUUUGAGUCGAGGAAUGACCCCAAGCAUGGGAUCGGUGUUAGGAAGAGGAAUACCCUACCCAGGAAUGGUUCCUGCUUCCUCCACAUCGGGCCACAGCAUCACCUCCCAAGUUACUCCAGCUUCAGUCCUCAGUCUGGCUCCUGGCCGAGAGUGGGAAAUUGAGAAGGACCUGGAGAGAGAGAGGGACCCUCAGAGAAACCAGGGAAGAGAGAGGGAAAGAGAGCGAGAAAGGGAGAACAGUGCAAAGCAGCAGCAUCACCCAUACAUGCCCCUCACCCCUGAAGAAGACAUGGAAGUCUCCCACUUCAGCAUGGUCCCAGUUGGACCGAUCAUACCCGGGGCCAAACCUAUGGCAGUUCCCCAACACCAUCACAUUGUUUCUAAGCCCCCGUCUGGCUACCUCAACCCCCACUCCCACCUGUCUGUGGUGCGGGGCAUUGGGAUUCCCCCUUCCCACCUGACCUUGAACCCCCACCCUUCUCCUUCACCUGUCCUGUUAGGCCUUGACCCAGCCGCUGGCGCUGUCAUUACGACCUCUCAGCUUCCUCCUCUCCCUCCCAUCUCCUCUUCCACUACAUCCUCCUCCAGAGCCGAUAAGACGUCAGGGGGAGGUUCUGCCAGCAGUGGAGCAGGUGGUGGAUCCGGAUCAGGUUCGACCUCCUCCUCCUCGUCACGUUCCCGGACUCCGCUGACAGCUGCCCAGCAAAAAUAUAAGAAGGGAGACGUAGUGUGCACGCCAACAGGCAUUCGAAAGAAGUUCAAUGGGAAGCAGUGGAGGAGGCUGUGCUCUCGGGAAGGCUGCUCCAAAGAGUCCCAGCGACGAGGAUACUGCUCCAGACACCUCUCCAUGAGGACCAAGGAGAUGGAAGCAAGUGGAGGUGGCCGGGAUCGGGGCGGAGCCAGCAGCACAGGGACCUUAACACCAUCUGAACUCCGACUCAGCGGUGGGAGAGCCAGUUCAGAGUUUGACUGGGAUGAGACAUCACGGGAGAGCAGUGAGGCCAGCAGCCGCGGAGGAGACUCUCGCCCCCGCCUCGUCCUUCCCUCGCUGCUCCCCCAGGACCUCUCUCGUUUUGACUUCGAUGAAUGUGAGGCGGCAACCAUGCUCGUCUCUCUUGGGGGCUCUCGUUCCGGCACACCCUCAUUCUCCCCCAUCUCCAACCAGUCACCCUUCUCGCCAACACCGUCACCCUCCCCCUCUCCACUCUUUGGUUUCCGCCCUGCCAAUUUCAGCCCCAUCACUGCUACUGCCUCACUUACUCCACGCCGCCCCCGACAGCUCAGUGGUACUAAGAUGGGUACACCAGGUGCAGAGAGAGAGCGCCACCUGUCAGGGAUCGUGCCCACUUUUCAGACCAACCUGACUUUUACAGUCCCAAUGAGCCCCAGCAAGAGGAAGUUCGACUCCCACCCGCCCCCACCACUACCUGCUGUCCAGGACUACCAGACCAAACCAGAGCAACAGCAGCUGGUGGGCAUUGGGAGCGGGGUGGUGGGAGACCCACCCCUGGGCCACAGCCCUGCUGCCUUCAGAGUCCUCUCCCCCCAGAGUCAGCCCACAACACCUUCCUCACUUUCCUUUCCCCGUCCUCGUAGCGCCACCAGCAGGCCACCAUCCUCUGCCGCCUCCACGCCUCCACCCAUGCUAGUCUCUCCCACUCCUCCUUCACCACUGCCCCAGGAGCCCUCCCCACGCCGCAUCGUCCCCCUCCGGGAUUCCCCAGUCAUUGUACGCAACCCAGAUGUGCCCUUGGCCAAGUUCUCCGACGGCCCGUUAGGAAAGAGAGAGAGAAGCAGGUCGAGGGACCACAUCCAACACGCAGCCCCCCCAGGCCUGCAGGCCCCUGUCCCCAUCAACGGAGCAGCCACCAACGGGGCAGUUCUCCUCCGCAACCCCGCAUCCACACUUGUCCUGGUCACAUCCAGCUCGUCCUUGACUCCAGCCACAGGGGGCCAUGCUUCCCUCUCCAGCCCCUCCACUCCCGGGUCCAUGUCUUCAUCAUCGAGCUCUGUGCUGUCCUCGUCUGGUUCUGGAGGCAGGGAGAGGGAGAGGAAGCCUGAGGGACACCAGGACGCCUCUGGAGGGGCGCUGCCACAGCCGGUAGCCUGUCAUCCCACGCCAACAGCCCUGCUGCCCCUCAUACUGCCAGCGGAGUCUCCUCACCCUGCCCCACGCAAGCAAAUCAUCAUGGGGCGCCCGGGGACCGUUUGGACCAACGUGGAGCCUCGGUCGGUGCCAGUGUUCCCUUGGCAUUCGCUCGUCCCUUUCCUGGAGCCCAGCCAAUCAGGAGCGGCUGCCCAGCCUGCUGAUGGCCAGCAGCUUGUCAAUCAGAGCAAAGAGCCUCGCUGUGCUGUAGCCCUGGUGAGUGACGGGCGGACGGGCCCUCCAGACCUGGAGAGAGGAUCGCCGUCGUGCCCUCCCCCGACCAAUGACAAUCCUCCUGCAGACAGGGGUGGGGCGGACAGCGAGUUGGAGAGCGACCCAGAUGACCCGUUUUCCCCGGGUGUGGCCAACGAUCCAUCGCCUUCCACUGGACCCAUAAAGAGACGCACACAGUCUCUCAGUGCACUGCCCAAGGAUGGAGACAGAAAGAGGGAGAAGGACCACAUCCGCCGUCCCAUGAACGCCUUCAUGAUCUUCAGCAAACGUCACCGGGCACUGGUGCACCAGCGGCAUCCCAACCAGGACAACCGCACAGUCAGCAAGAUCCUGGGCGAGUGGUGGUACGCUUUAGGGCCCAAUGAGAAGCAGCAGUACCACGACCUGGCCUUUCAGGUGAAAGAGGCCCACUUCAGAGCCCACCCAGACUGGAAGUGGUGUAACAAGGACCGCAGGAAGUCUCUGUCAGAGGGCCGGGGUACCCCCAAGGAGCCACGGGAGAGGAGCAUGUCAGAGAGCAUAGACGCCCACUCGGAGUCCCAGGCACUGGAAGGGAAGGGGGGAGGCUCGGGCUGGCCGGGGGGAUUGGAGCGUCGAGGAGGGAUGUUUGGGGGGCCGUCCCACCGUCCCCGAGCCUUUUCCCAGAGUGCCGUGCACACCCUGGAGCAGAGGGAGUGGGAGAGAGACCUGGAGAAGGAGGACGGCGCUGGUUUGUUUCGUACCCGGCCUCAGUCGCUGUACCAGAGUGGGGCCGGUGAGGACGUGACCAGCGAUGAAGAACGGAUGGUCAUCUGUGAGGAAGAGGGGGACGAUGAUGUCAUGGAGGGAUGCCCUGAAGGCGCCAUCGACCUCAAGUGUCAAGAGAGAGUGACCGACAGCGAUGAGGACGAGCCAGAUGGACAGCAUGGCUUCCAGCCAUUGGCUCGCUCCUCUCUCCCCUCCUCCUCUCCCUCCAUCACCCACUCUGACUCCUCCUCGGCUAAAGGGAGCGGUGGCAGCGACGGAGGAGGUGCUGAAGAUGGGUCAGAGAAGAAGAGAAAGAGAGGCGCAGACGGAGGAGCGGAUGAGAGCGAGGGAGCACCCAAGACAGAGGAAGCGGCACCAGGUGGAGGAGAAGGAAGUGGAGCAGGUGGGCAGGGUGUCUGCUCUCUGUCCAUCUCCCAGCCUCCUCCAGGUUUGACCCAGGCUGGCGUCCGCAUGGCUCCCACUAUGGUGACCAACGUGGUACGCCCCAUCGCCAGCACGCCCAUCCCCAUCGCCAGCAAGCCGGUGGAAGGCCCCAUCACCCUCAGCGCCAUGCCGCAGGACAAGAAAGCCACUCUCCUGAUUGGAGGUGGUGGAGCUCAGCAGCUGCCGAUCGCCGCAGGGGGUGGGUACCUGUCGUCCUCCUCCCCUGGUCCAGUCAGUGUAACCUCUGUAGGGGGCAGCAGCCUGCUCACUAGCCUAGGUCUGGGACCCUCCCAAACAGUGGAGCUCCUCUCCUUACACAUCCAAAGCCCCCUACCUGUCCUCCAGCUCCACCCCACUGCCGCCACCACCUCCUCUCUCACACCUCCCGCCUGCCCCACGCCACUGGGACAGGCGCAGUACAUCCUGCCCACCGAGAGCCCUUCCUCCCCUCAACUCACUCACCAGCAAAUCCUCUCCCUGCCCGCAAAUGCCGCCCUGGCCAAUGGCGUGCACUCGGGGGCGGGAAUCAGAGUCAGCCCCGGGACUAGAGUCCAAACCCAGUCGCCAGUCUUGCAGAGCAAGAUGUUGGUUCCCAUGGCAACAGUGAGAACCGGGUCUACUCCUCCUCAUCCUUCCAUUUCCCUGGUGGCUCCGCCCCUUCCUGUGCAGAACGGCAACGCGACAGGAAACAAGAUCAUUCAGAUCGCCUCCAUGCCUGUUGUACAGACCAACGUCCACCCUAACGGCACAGCAGCGGUGCAUCCUGGGAGCCCCUUUCCUGUUUCCAUGGCAACAGUGAUGGCUCCCGGUGCUGCGCCCCCACAGACCGUUCUCCUGACCUCUCCACCCACCAGGAUCACUUAUGUCCAGUCAGGUCCGGGAAUUACCACAGCAACGCCCCAGCAAGGUCCACAGCCUUCAGGUCCUGCAUAUCUCCAGCCACCUCUGGCAACCCUGAGCUUCGCCGCCAUCGCCCCGGCUCCACAAACGCUGGUUCAGCCAGUCGUCGGUCAGCCUCCGCUACUAGCUCCAGCUCAGCCCCUUAGCUGUCAGUCACAGAGCUCUCCGGGGCAGCCAGCAGCCAGCGCCGGUCGUCAGGUACUAACUGCCAUCUACCCUGCACCAGCCGCUGCUCUACCCACUGGUGUGGUCUCAGUGACACCCAUGCCACCUGCAGUGGCAGCUCCAGCCCAGGACGUGACAAACCCUCCCUCUCCGCUGGCUUUAGGGCUGCAGGGUUCAGCGGCGGCGACCCCUCAGCCUGGCAUGGGAACAGAGGUGGAGGUGAAGUGUGAGAGCCAGCUGGAUGUUCAGGGGUUGUCGAGCUGUGCCAUCAGCUCCUCGAUGGCCACCGGUGCAAGCAGCAGCGUGGCAGUAAAAGAGGAGGACACCGCUCAGUACGUCAAAGAAGAAAAGAUGACAGACGGAUACGACAGAGAGAACCAAAAUGAGAUGGACGAGGAGCUGGAGAGAGGGAUGAAGGACAGCAUGGAAAAGAAGCGAAGCAGAGAGACGGACAGAGAGGCGCACAGCGCGGGCAGCAGCAGCAAAGAGGCUGGACCUCGUUCCCCACCUCCACCACCGCCCUCAGGUUUGGACCCCCCUCCUCCUCCACCUGCAGAAAGAGAUCAGCCCUCUUCCUCAAAGAAGACCAAGUUUCGGCCCCCGCCACUCAAAAAGACGCCCGACUCUCAUGACAAGCUCCUGUCGGAGACGUACUUUGAGGAACGCUUCGCUGAGCUGCCAGAGUUUAACCCAGAGGAGGUCCUUCCCUCGCCCACUCUGCAGAGUCUGGCCACCUCACCGAGAGCAAUCCUGACAAGCUACCGCAAGAAGAGACGCAACUCCACGGACCUUGAGCUGUCUGGAGAAGACCCCAGCUCCCCAAGGAGAAAGACUCGACGUCUGUCCAACUGCAGCUCAGAGCCCAACACCCCCAAGAGUGCCGCCAAGUGUGAGGGAGAGAUCUUUACCUUCGACAGAGCAGGUACGACACGUACGGCAGCUGAUGCAGGGAUGCAGAGAUGGACCGACAUCGGUCUGAUGCACCUUUCUGUGAAAUCAGGUCCAGAAGGCGACGUUCCCAUGGGAGACUUGGACAGGGUUUCCUACUCGUCUCUGCGCAGAACACUGGAUCAGCGCCGGGCGCUCGUCAUGCAGCUGUUUCAGGAACACGGCUUCUUCCCCUCAGCUCAGGCCACAGCUGCCUUCCAGGCACGCUACUCCGACACUUUCCCCAACAAGGUGUGCCUGCAGCUGAAAAUCCGGGAAGUCCGUCAGAAGAUCAUGCAGACAGCCACGCCGGGAACCUUCGAGCCCGGAGCUUUGGCCGAAGCCAGCCCCGCCCCUUCCCACAGCUCCUCUUUCAAUCAAUCAGUCCGGGAGGACGCAGGGGCAGAGCAGCAGCUAGACAAAGGGCGGAGCCCCGAGGAGCCGAAGAGCGAGGGAUUGUAAGCUGGAGAGGGCGACGGAGCAGAAGAAUUGAGGAAAGACAAAGAGGGAGAGAAAGAGGAGUGUGCUAACCAGUGAGGUCCGUUCUACUGGCACUAAUCUCCACCAGACCUGGGCAGAGAUGUGGAAUAUGGUCACAAAUAUUCAAACUACUCAAGGCGCGCUCGGAUCAUCUAAUCAGACCUUUAAAAAAAACGCCUCAAACGUGGUCGAAUCACAUGCAAGUCACGAUGAGUCAAGUGCUUCUUGUAGUGUUGUCUCCGUUUAUUUUCCAAGUAUCCAGAAUAUCUUCAGUUAACCCUUUU